AUGGGCGAGAAUGUUACAGCCCCUUGGCGCAAAGGAGAAAAUUACAGAAUUAAAGUGGAGCCUGGCAAAGAGGCGAAUAUCCCUGAACAUAACUCCUUCAGUCCUAAUCCGACACGUCCGUGUACUGGAACUACACCUGAUACCGUCCCGGACGGGGACGCGGAGGAGAGCGUGGCCAAGAUGCGACGGCUCGUGCUGGCCAGGCUGACGGCCGCCAAGAUCCCGGCGGAGGCGCUGGACGUGGUGGAGCGAAGCAAGAUGAGCGAGGUGGUGUUGUCGCCGCUGCGGUUCCGGUCGCCGCUGGCGCUGGUCCGAGGCAGCAUCUGCAGGGGUGGCGUGUGCGUGGCCGGCGACGCGUUCCACCCGAUGACCCCGGAGCUCGGGCAGGGCGGCUGCGCGGCGCUGGAGGAUGGUGUCGUCCUCGCCCGGUGCCUCGGAGAGGCCUUCGCCGUUGGCGGGCACGGGAACGCUGAGGCGGCCCUGGAGAAGUACGCCAAGGAGCGGAGGUGGCGGGCCAUCCGGCUGGUCACUGCCGCGUACGUCGUCGGCUUCGUGCAGCAGAGCAGCAACCCGGCGAUAAAGUUCCUCCGAGAAAAGUUCCUGUCGGGAUUGCUGGCAAGAGUGAUGGUCGACAUGGCCGACUACGACUGCGGGAAGCUCUAGUUCUGUCAUUCCUUCCUUCACGACGGCAGAACAAGAACGACGAGAGAAAACGAAUCAGUUAAAACGGCAUCAAUCAAAUCGAUUGGAU